AUGGAAGAAACAAUCUCAAUAGCUGCCUCUAUUGACAGCGAUUCUUCCGAUCAACAGCCAGCAUUGAAUGAUAUAGCAAAUAACAUAAAGAGAGUUGAGGACGCAUUGCAGGGACUUACUCAGCAAAUACUAGAGCUAAACAAAAACGUAUCACCAACGCCGUUAUCAAGCACACCACAACUCAAGUUACAGAGUCAGACUAAGCGGAGUUCUUUGCCACCUUUUCAUCGGAAUAGCGUUGGGGGAUAUGAGCAGAGGUCUGGAUAUUCACUAGCGGAAUCGAGAGAACAGCAGCGUCAACCGCCGAUUCCUUCUCAAUUAUCGUAUUCGCUAUCACCGGAUGAUGGGAAGAGAGAAAGUGUGAAUAGUAUGAAUAGUUUGGAAAGUGUGAACAGUUUGAAGAGCGUGAAUAGCGGGAACAGUUCGAAAAGUGCGAAUAGUGCUAACGGCAUUAACAAUACAUAUAUUCUCGAGCAUUCGGCAGAUGAUAUACCAAACCUGUUUGAAAAUAUGCGGCUUAAACCCGAGCUUCUUUGUUCUAUAUUGAACUUGGGACUUGAUCGUCCUACUUCAAUCCAACAAUGCAGUAUUCCAUUAAUGAUCAAAGGCGACGAUAUAAUCGCUCAAGCAAUGCCUAGUCAAGAAAGAACGAUGACUUUUGCGAUUCCUGCACUCCAUCACAUUGAUCCGUACAACAAACAAACGCAAGCUUUGAUUCUGUCAUCAGUCAAAGAAUCUGCUGGACAUGUCUUUCGAUCAGUUAGUAGUCUAAUCAAAGGAAUGAUGACGCCGCUUGACUACACGUUGUGUGUAAAUGGCACUAAUAUAAACGAUGACGUAAAGAAAGUUCAAAAAAAGCCUCAUAUAAUCAUCGGUACUCCUGACCGAAUUUUAGACUUGGUUAAUUUGGGUGCUAUCGGUUUGUCACAGUUGAAACUAAUUGUACUUGAGGAUGCUGAUAAUCAGAUAUUACCUGCACAUAAAAAUCAAUUGAUAGAGUUGCGUCAAAAAGUUCCAAUUACUACUAGCAUCCAGACAUUGAUCUUUGCUGCUAACGUUACUUCCGACGUUGUGAAUUUGACAGAAGUAUUUGUGAUGCGUGAGCCGGUGAGGAUCUUGGUUAAGAAACAAGAUCAGGUGGUAAAGAACAUUAGGCAGUUUUAUUUGUAUAUAGCCGUAGAUAGAGAGGACUGGAAACUGGAAGCAUUGGCCGAUUUAUUUGAAGAUAACAACCAUCCACCUGCUAUCAUUUAUUGCAAUGAUAACCAAACCAUUGACAAUGUUAUGUACAAACUGUGUACUAAAAACUUAAAUGCUGCAGCACUGCACAACGAUAUGGGACCAAGUCAACACAAUGCCGCAUUCGCAAGGUUUAGAACUGGUGCUGACAAAAUACUAAUAACGACACAAGCACUGGCGCUUCAAAGAGAUGUUCAUCAGGUCCCAUUGGUAAUCAAUUAUGACUUGCCAUCACGACCGGAAAUUUACGUUCAAAGGAUUGCAUGCACUACCCCAUCUGGCUUCAGUCGUCCCGGGGUAGCCAUCAACUUUGUCACAUCACGACCGCAAGACAUUAGCAGUCUCCGAGCAAUAGAGAGCUUUUGCAAAAUAAAGAUGCUCGAGAUGCGAGUAACCAGUGAUCUAGCAACUUUAUUCUGA